GUUCUGCCGCGCCUGCGCUCCCACCGCGUGUCCGCAGCUCUGCCCCACCUCACAUCCGCGCCCGCAAUCCACGCCUCCGUCGCCGCAGCCCUUCCUCCGCGCAGCGUCCGUCCAUCCAUGGCUCUCCCUACACGCAGCGUCGUGCCGCUUUCCACAAUCCGUGCCUCAAUCCCCUUCCUUCGCGCAGCACCCUUCCAUCCAUGGCUCGCUUCCAGAAAUCCCCCUACCUACGGCGCAGCGUCGCAGUCCGGAAUCCACCCCCAAAAUCACUACCCGCUCUGCGGCGAUGGAAGGGAAUCAAAACGCGUGCUUCCCCCUUCCAUCCUCGACGUUGCGCGGAUUGCAUGGCCAUCGUUUCGCGCCCCCAAUCCGUCGAUGCAAGGAACGCGUGCUUCCCCCUUCCAUCCUCGACGCUGCGCGAAUUGCAGAUUGCGGAUUGCAUGGUCAUCGUUUCGUCCCAGUUCAUUGCCCGCAUCAGAUGGAAGGGCGCCCCGAUCUGCCUCACCUCCAUCAAUGAGGUGUCUGCCUUUCUUGCAUGGAGACGCCAAAGAGAAGGAACCAGUCACUAAGUCGGCCUCUGUACGGUCCAUGAACAUACAUCAACGGAGCGUGAUGUCCGCUCCGGUUCAGACUUCACCUCCUUGAAUGUUUCCGACAUGAGCGCCGAGUCGAUAAGGAGGACACAGUACCCCAGCUUCAUUGACCGCCCGUCUAACCUGAGGGUGUUCUCCUUUGCUGAAUUGAAGAGUGCCACCCGCAACUUCCGCCGGUCUCUCAUGGUUGGCUAGGGUGGCUUUGGCUGUGUGUACAGGGGUGUCAUCAAGACCUCCGACGAUCUGAACGAACGAAUCGAGAUCGCUGUUAAGCAGUUGAAUCGUAAAGGACUUCAGGCAAGUGUUUCUCACCAUCUUUUAUUUUGCCCCCAAAGAAUAUGUAUGAGAGCUGUGUAUCUAAGGUAGAAAAUAAUUAGGCUUUACAACACAAGCUGCUGUAGUUUUUGUCAGUUCUCACCAUCUUUUCAGGAACAUCAUAGUCAGCAGAUCAAAAUCACGUCGCAAACCUCAUUGUCACACUUAAUCAUGUGCUUCUCAGUCCUAGGUUUCACUUCUGUUUUUUAAUCUCAUGAUGAAAUAUGAACAAACUGAAUUGUUGCAACAUGGUAUUUUAAAAUGAGGGCACCAGUCCCCCUAGGCGCCAUAUGAUUUUCCUUUUGCAAAGGAAACUCUAAAUCUGGUUAACUUGUUUAUCUUGUAUUUUCAUGUACUUGAAACUGUGUGUUUUUUAGACUUAUCACUUAUCAGUCCUCACAGUGUUGCUGUUUGUAUUUUGUUUCUAAAAACUUUUACGGGUUGCUUGCCUAAGUAAGUCUUCAUAAACAUUUAAGUGGUGAUGCUAUUACAUGCUACUUUUAAUAAACCAUUGCUUUCAACUAAAGUUUAUAUUGCUAUUAGAUAAAGUUCUCAUCACUUUUACAUUACUAAUGCAAUUUUGGAUUGUUGGCAGGGUCCAAUUUUGUGGAAGGAAUGCUUUUUCUCCCCUUGCCUUUUCGGUUAGAAAUCUUGGUAUUUAAAUCACCCCUUUUUGGUUUGUGGUUGUGCCCUCUCCCCACAUGAGGUGAUUUAAAUACCAAGAUUUCUAUUAUUCAAUUGAUUCCUUGAUCAUUUCCUUUCCAGAUUAGUGAAAGGUCUCCCUUGCUUUAUUUUCAUCGAAAACAAAGCGAACCACAAUCUUAGUCUCCAAGGUCAAUUUCUGACGGUGGCACUCCAAAAUCUAAUCACGAUGGCCUAAUAGCUUGAGUGUUGAACGCAAUAUUUCAGAUUCAUACCUAUAUGAUACUUGGAGCAGCAAUAUGCAUAGUGUCGCCCUUUUUCAUACCCUAAAGUAUAAAAUAUAGGGCACACACUUACAUGUCAAAAUUUAUUAUUCAAAGGAAAUAACAACGUUCUUUUUGCUAAAUGUUCUUUAGCAAUUUGAUUAGUCAAAGAGGUUGCUUGUUUUUUUGUGGG